UUGUCAAUGCACACGGCUUCCUGAUGAUGGGUAUGACUUGUCCCGUUCUCCGUGUUCGCCGCAAUUUGAUGGCCCGUAGUCCACCUCUUCUUCUAAAGUUCCGCAUUGGAGCUAGAGAGAUCGCCGGAAGCAGUAGCCAUGGCAUCCCCGUCCCGUACCGGCAUCAGGCGGCGCAUCUCUCUGCCUGCCUCUGCAACUCUUGCCGUCCUGAUCCUGUGCAGCAGCACCUGCAGCUGCUUGCAGUUCAGUUACCCGACCUUCCACGCCGCCAACGAGGCCGAUUUCAGCUUCAGCCCCGGCACAGGGAUCGCGAACGGAGCCCUGCAGAUCACGCCCGGCGCCGGGGACAUGAGCCACCGGUCGGGGAGAGUCUGCUACGCGAGGGAGAGGCUCAAGCUGUGGAACGGUGGCGAGCGGACGGGGACGGCGCUGACGUCGUUCAGGACGGAGUUCAUGCUCAACAUCCUCCCCCGGAACGGGACCGGCACUGGAGAAGGUAUGGCUUUCAUCCUCACAAACAACCCGGAGCUGCCGCCGGGCAACAGCAGCGGGCGGUGGCUCGGCAUCACCAGCGACCAGACGGACGGCUCGCCGGCGAACCGGAUCGUGGCCGUGGAGUUCGACACGAGGAAGAGCGGAAACGACGACCUCGACGACAACCACGUCGGCCUCGACGUCAACAGCAUCCGAUCCGUCGGCGCGUACCCUCUCAGCAACCUCUCCAUCGUGCUCUCCAGCGGCUCCGACGUGUGGGUCAGCAUACAGUACGACGGCGCGGCGCUGAGCAUAGUCGCGGUGCAGACGUACAGCUUCGCCUACUCCUGGCCCGGCGAUCUGUCGCAGUAUCUGACGGAGGACAUCGCCGUGGGAUUCGCGGCGUCCACCGGCGAGUUCACCGAGCUGAAUCAGAUCAAGUCUUGGAAUUUCACCACGCUAGGCGACGCCGGCAGCAGACGGGGACGGCAGGCAAGGAAGCUGAGAUUGCUUCUUCUCGCCUUCCUGAUCCCGCUCGCCACUGCCGGAUCGUUCCUGGCGUUCUGCGUGUGGAGACGGCUGACACGGCCGGGAAGGCUGGCCUACCGCAACCUCGAGAAGAUGAUCGACGCGCACGGCCCGGUCAGGUUCGGGUUGAGGGAGCUGAGGAAUGCUACCGCCAACUUCAGCUCCGACCGCAAGCUCGGCAGAGGCGGCUUCGGCACCGUGUACCUCGGCUACCUGAAGAGGAUGGGCAUGGAGGUGGCCGUGAAGCGGGUGAUGACGAGCGGUGGCUCCAGCAGAGGGGAGCAGGAGUUCGUCGCGGAGGUGAACUCCAUCAGCAAGCUCUCGCACCGCAACCUCGUGAAGCUCAUCGGGUGGUGCCACGAUCGAGGCGAGCUGCUGCUCGUCUACGAGUACUUCCCCAUGGGCAGCCUGGACAAGCUCCUGUACGCCGACGGCGGCGCGCCGGAGCUGACCUGGGAGCGGCGGUACGGGAUCAUCUGCGGCGUGGCGUCGGCGCUGGAGUACCUGCACCACGGGAGCAGCAAGCGGAUCCUCCACCGGGACGUGAAGGCCAGCAACGUGAUGCUGGACGGCGGGUACGGCGCGCGGCUGGGCGACUUCGGGCUCGCCCGCGUCGUCCAACGCGACGGGGCCACGCACCACUCGACGCGGGCGGUGGCGGGCACCCGCGCCUACAUGGCGCCCGAGAGCUUCUUCACGGGGCGCGCCAGCCUCGCCACGGACGCGUACGCGUUCGGGGUCUUCGUCCUGGAGGUGGUCAGCGGGAGGCGGCCGGGCAGUCCCGUGCCGCACUCGUGCCGCGACGACCACGACGACGGCCGCGACGUCUUCGUGCCGACCACCAGCAAGGAAGGGCGGCAUGAUGCGCACAUCGUGGACUGGGCGUGGAGGCUUUACGGCGAGGGGAGGGCGUCGGACGCCGCCGACGCGGCGCUGGACGGCGCGUUCGACCCGGCGGAGGGGGAGCGCGCGGUGAGGCUGGCCCUGGCGUGCUGCCACCCGAACCCGAGGGAGCGGCCGUCCCUGCGGACGGCGGUGCAGGUGCUGGCCGGCGGGGUACAGGCGCCGGAGCCCCCGCUCGUGAAGCCCGCGUUCGUCUGGCCGCCGGGCGGCGGGCAGCAGCAGGAGAUCGAGCUGGCGCGUGUCGGGGUGCUCUUCACGGGGGCACGUGCGCAAGCGCAAUCCAGCUUCUGCUCCAUGACCUCCAGCUCCUCCAUCUCUGGAAGGUGAGCAGGGAGAUGUUUGAGCGUGCGGCACACAAGAGACUUUUUGGUUGGAUUACGCGGACAACUGUUUUUCUCAAAAAAUUUCUAGCUCUACAGUAAUUCGAACA